UUAAGCUAAACCUUCCGCUAAUUUGUAUUUUCAUAAUUUCAUUUUAAUAAAUGCGGUAUACAGUUAUAAAAAAAAUUUAUAUGUUAAAAGAAGCUCAUGUGCGGAUUACAUUUUAAAACACGAAAUAGUCCGUCGCAAAAGACGUCCCUACGUUGGGGUGAUAGUUGUGGCAUUGAGUUUAAAUUAUCUUAAAUUUAAGUCUUGGAUUGUGUGAGUUUCAAAUUACGGUAAAAUCGUAUUAAAACUCAUCGACGAUAUGGAUGAGGGAAGUUAAAUGCGAAUUAAUCUUGACGUAAAAACAACAAAAGCAACAGAAAAAAUUUUUCACUAAAAUCAUAACGUUUACCGUAUGCGGUACGCUUUUUAAAAUUAAAGGCUUUACGUGAAUAGACCAUCAAAAAAUCUGCAUAUGUACGUGGGUUGUGUACAGUGAAGCAAUUCUAAAGAUAACGCUACCACCACCACUACCACCACCACCACCAAUAACAACAACAGCAACAAUACUGAAAUGAUAAAUAUUGCGGGCGUUGUGAGCAUAGUGCUCUUCUACUUACUAAUCUUAGGUGUGGGUAUAUGGGCUGGACGGAAAAAGGAAUCGGGCAAUGAUUCUGAGGAGGAGGUUAUGUUGGCGGGUCGUUCGAUUGGACUUUUUGUGGGCAUCUUUACAAUGACCGCUACUUGGGUUGGAGGUGGUUAUAUAAAUGGGACUGCGGAAGCAAUUUAUACCUCUGGCCUGGUAUGGUGUCAAGCACCUUUUGGCUAUGCUUUGAGUUUGGUGUUUGGUGGUAUAUUCUUUGCCAAUCCUAUGCGUAAACAAGGCUACAUAACUAUGUUAGAUCCUUUGCAAGAUUCUUUCGGCGAACGUAUGGGUGGUUUACUAUUUUUACCGGCUUUAUGUGGCGAAGUAUUUUGGGCUGCCGGUAUUUUGGCAGCAUUAGGUGCAACUCUCUCUGUUAUCAUUGACAUGGAUCAUAGAACUUCGGUGAUUUUAUCAUCGUGCAUAGCCAUUUUCUAUACGCUCUUCGGUGGUCUUUACUCUGUUGCCUAUACGGACGUUAUUCAAUUAUUUUGUAUAUUCAUUGGCUUAUGGAUGUGCAUACCGUUCGCUUGGACUAACGAACAUGUCAAAAGUUUAUCAUCUAUGGAGGUCGAUUGGAUUGGUGAAGUGGAACCGAAUCAAAGAUGGUUCUACAUCGAUUACGGUUUACUGUUAGUAUUCGGUGGUAUACCAUGGCAGGUAUACUUUCAACGCGUUCUAUCCAGUAAGACUGCAGGUCGUGCACAACUUUUAUCCUAUGUAGCUGCUUUUGGUUGCAUUUUAAUGGCUAUCCCACCGGUUUUGAUAGGCGCUAUUGCCAAAGCUACUCCCUGGAAUGAAACUGCGUACAAAGGUCCUUAUCCUCUAACCGAACAAGAAACUAGCAUGAUUUUACCUAUGGUUCUGCAAUAUCUGACACCCGAUUUUGUAUCCUUCUUCGGGCUGGGUGCUGUCAGUGCUGCGGUUAUGUCGUCCGCUGAUUCUUCGGUAUUAUCGGCUGCAUCAAUGUUUGCCAGGAAUGUUUAUAAAUUGAUAUUUCGACAAAAGGCAUCCGAAAUGGAAAUUAUUUGGGUGAUGAGAGUUUCGAUUAUUAUUGUGGGCAUAUUAGCGACCAUUAUGGCAUUAACUAUACCUUCAAUAUACGGUUUGUGGUCUAUGUGUUCCGAUUUAGUAUAUGUUAUAUUAUUUCCUCAAUUGUUGAUGGUCGUGCAUUUUAAAACGCAUUGCAAUACGUAUGGCAGUUUAGCGGCAUACAUUAUCGCUUUGUUUGUGCGUUUGUCAGGCGGUGAAGCGUUACUCGGCUUACCUGCCCUCAUACAUUUUCCUGGUUAUGAUGAAGUUGAAAAAAAGCAACUGUUCCCGUUUCGUACAAUGGCCAUGAUUAUGAGUUUGAUUACGUUAAUAGUGGUUUCAUGGUGGACUAAAAUGAUGUUUGAAUCUGGCAAACUGCCACCUAGUUACGAUAUAUUCCGUUGUGUAGUUAAUAUACCCGAAGACGUAUUGCAUGUAGGUGAGCCAGCUGAAUCUGGAGAACAGCUUUCCGUUAUGGCUGGGCCGUUGGCGCGAUCAUAUGGCGCUGCCACAAUGGCGGGCAAAGAUGAACGUAACGGACGUAUAAAUCCGGCUUUAGAAAGUGACGAUGAUCUUCCAGUAGCCGAAGCAAGACGACUAAAUCAACAGACCGCACAGGCACAGGUAAAAAAAAUGCUAAGCUCAACAGUUGGAAAAAGUGAUACAAAUAAAACAGACGACGACGACGACGACGACGAUGACGACGAUGGAACCAGCGAUGGAUUUUUUGACAGUAGACCUAUAGAUCAGGAAAAUACUGCCUUCUAAAGAAUAAUAAGAUAAACAAAACUCCUAAACGAUAACGAAGACAAACGAAUUACGAAAGUAUUAAAAAAACUCAUCACCGUAGUGAUAGUGGAAAGCAAAAUUCAAAAAUUCAAAAAAAAAAAAAAAAAGAAAAGAGAACAUAUAGUCUAGCACACACACACACACACACAAAUUUAGAUCAAUUUAACUGAAGAGAAUCAUUACAGCCAUUAGUAAUGCCAUCCAUUUAGAAAAAGAAAAAAAAAAAAAACCAAAAAAAAGCAAAAAAAAAAAAAAAAAAAACAAUUGUAAAAAAUGCAAAUAAUUACAAUUAUGUAAAUAUUCGUAUAAAUACGUAGUAGGUAAGAAGACAUAACUCCAUUAACUAUUAUAUAUAUAGAGAAUACAAAGCAAUGUUUAAACAUAGUCCCGCAGAGUUCCAUAACCAAUUAAAGUUUUUUAAUUUUAUUGUUAAGUUUAUUGAAUUCUUCUAUGAUAAGUGCUCAGGUAAUUGAUUAAAAAAUAAAUAAAUAAAACUCCCAAAAUAUUAAACGAAUGAACGAUCAGGUUAAUAAUUGUUAUAUGUAAAGUUUUCACUAAGAAUUUUUGUUGACUAAAAUAGUCUUUGUUGAAAUUCUACGCUAAUGUUAUUAAUUAAUUUUAUUAAUGUUCAAUGUUGCUAAACUUUACUUUAAUUUAAAAGAUGAGGAAGACGAACAAAAAGAAGAAGAAGAAGACAAAAAAACCCAAAUAAAAGCAACCCAUACAUAUCAAAUGCAUUUGUGAAAUAAAUAAUAAAAGAAAAAAAAAAAAAAAUGAAGAACAGAAGAAAGAUAUUAACCUAUACACUUACCCCUUACACUUUACAAGCAUAUAUAGUGCACCAAAAUUAAUAUAUAUACAUAAAUAUAUAUAUAUAUAUAAAAAUUGAAAUUUCUAAAACCAUUAAAACUAAAUAUCGUUUAAUAAUAAUUUACUGUUAUUUCACAAGGGAUUGUUUGUGAGUGAAUUCAUUCAAUUUGAAAUUUCUAUUCGAAUAUAUUUACGUAAUGAAAACUUUACAAAAAUUUAUAUAAAUUAUUAAAUGUGUACUAUAAACAUGUGAUUUGAACUUUUUGGUAUCACAAAGUAGGAGUAGAAACACUAUUAUCGAAAAGGUUUAUUUAUUUAUUUAUUUUUAUUUUUUUUUAAUUACAUUAUUUUAUUUAAAACCAAUUGUUGCUUUGCAACAUAGAUAUAUAAAAAUAUGAGAAAAACAUUUACUAUACUAAUGUCUUGAAAAGAAUGCAUAAUUAUAUGUA